AUGUCACCUCCUCGCGCCGGCGCGCCGGAAGACUUUGAGAGGGACGUGCUCGUCGAGCUCAUGCGCAACGGCGUGGAGCGGCUAAAAGUCGCCGAGGACACGCACUCGCGGAUCGAGACGCUGUCGGAGAUUCACCGCGUGACGGGCGAGGACCGCGACACGAAGGACGAUGGCCACGUACGCGAGCCCGUGGACCAGGUCGCGCAGAACGCGAAGGGUGCGGCAAGGUAUAUGUUCACGAUUCUCUCCGAGGUGAUGUUCGAGCAUAACGCGAAUGCGGCGAAGUGCGCAGCGGUUUCGCUUCGCUCGGUGGGGUACGACUCGUUCCCGCAGGUGGUGGAGCCGCUGGUUCUGGAUCCAAGGACGGCGGACUGGACACUCGGCCUGCUCGUCUCGCUCGCGCUGCACAACUUCCUCCUCACAACCCUCUUCAGCACGUUGCGGAAGACAGAGUACACGCAGCUCACCACUAAAAUUACCGACUACCAGUCAGAGUUCUGGCUCGCGCACCUCGCGGGCGACGCGGCCCUGCACCUGUGCGUGUACAAAAUCCUCGAGCAGCUGGCGGCGACGAGCCACCGGAACAAGGCUGUGCUGAGCGGCAUGGGCAUCUUGGCGGCCCUGGUGUCUGCCGGGGGCGACGGCGCGGUCCCGGACGAGGAGCGCGCCGUGAAGCAGAAGCUCCUGAAGCGCCUUAUGAACAUGGGGACUGUUCGCGGUCUCCUUCAUCUUCAAGAGGACCGUCGAAGACAGUUGCUCUGGUGA